AAAUAUUUUGGAUUAUUUGUGGAGGCCAAACCAAACCAAACCCGACACCAGAGGUACUGCAACUAUUGGAUAAAAUGUUGAACAUAAGUACCCUUAAUUGAACGAGAGAGAGAGCACCGAUUUUCGUUCGGUUCAUUCAAUUUUUCCUGGAUAAUUUUGGGAAGCAACUUCACGUCGAUCGAGAACAAGACACGCCGAUCUUGGGGGUUUCUUUUACCCUUUCUGUUUUCACCGAUCUUGGGUUGUUCUUUUUCCAAUUCUACAAGGGAAUUCGAUAGGUGAGCAUAUUGUGUGUUGAUGAUCGAUGUAUAAUAUAGAGAUUAGGAGUGUUUUGGCGGGUUGAUUUUGCAUUGAGUUGUACGCAGAUGGAAAGGGAGAGGCGCAAUGGCAGUCAUAAUUAUCACGCUUGUACGGUGCACGGUAAUGGAGGCAGUAGAGAAUCUAGAGAUAAAUAUAUAGAGUCUCUGCUGUUCGCUUCGUCUCCUUCUGCGCUUUCGUCCGGCGGUGCUGUUGGUUACAUCGAACACACCGUUUCAAAGCUGGACACUCUCGCCGGGAUUGCCAUCAAGUACGGCGUCGAGGUCGCUGACAUAAAAAAGAUGAAUGGAUUGGUUACAGAUUUUCAAAUGUUUGCUCUCAAGUCUCUCCAGAUUCCAUUACCUGGCAGGCAUCCUCCAUCUCCUUGUUUAUCAAAUGGUUCCAUCACUCCAGGACAGAGCAGUUCUGACCACAUCCCACCCUGGUGUAGACAUGGUGAUUUCUUUGAAUCAUUUCAAUCCCUUGGAGUUAAGUCUCCUCAGCGGAAGGUUUCUCCAGCUAUGUGCUCUUUACAUGGUUACUACGGACUCAAACUGAGAGAUCAGAAAACCAUGCCUGAAUGUCUUGAAAUGGCUGCGUACAAAAGAGGAGAUUCUCAAUAUUUAGAAGAUGGGCCUUUCCCCAGCGCCUCUCUGGUUGGAGAUUCUCAAUAUUUAGAAGAUGGGCCUUUCCCCAGCGCCUCUCUGGUUUCCAACCCAUCUUUGAGGCAUCACCGGAAGUCUAAAAGUUUAGUUAAUGCUUUAUUGGAUGAGAAUGGUGAGGUAGUUGGCGGUGCCCUGUCUGUUUCAGAAGCUCAUGACGGUGACACUGAUAAAUGUUGCGAGAAACUGCUCAGAAGGUGUCAGAAGUCUGAAGCUGAUUUCACCCAUCACAACCCAGAAAUGUUGUUGGAGAAUAACAGCAAUACCGGUGGGUUUCUGGCAAAAACAGGAAAGGGCUUAGCCUUGAGACCCAAAGCAGCAAGCCGAACUACGACAAGUGAUUCUGAAACAGGUGGUUUGAACCCAAUACCAAUUGGUCUGGGAGAUUCUGUUGUGUCUGAUGACUUUUCUGUAGUGAAGAAGUCUUCAAGCACAUCAAGUUUGCAGGAUCAGGAGUGCAGUAGUUCUUCAUCCAUAUGGACUACCACAAGGUGGAGUCUGAAACCGGAUCUGCAGGCCCUUUCGACUUCAGCCAUUGCAAAACCAAUUUUUGAUGGCUUGCCGAAGCCUACACCGGGUCGAAGAAACAAAGCUGCACUUGACUAGUUAAUUGUUCAAUUUUUCUCAGGCCAUCUGUUGGCAGUGCUUGAUGAGUAUAGAGAGGUACGACAAAUAGUUGAUAAGGAAAAUGUUAUAUUGGUUCUGUUCUCUGAAGAACGUCUUGCAUGUCGGUUAAGGAAGCUGACAUACAAGAGCCAAGGAAGAGGGAUCAAAGAAGCAGAUGAUAUAAUGUGUAUGGCUUCAGCUGAUAUCAAACUGAGCUUCAGCUGAUUUUACAAAAGCCCUCGAAAAUUAGAUCCAACUGAUUAAUAGAUCUAACAUUAUUUUUUUAAGAUGUAUAAAAGAUAUAUUUCCAAGAUUUGAAAUUGAUUUUAAACGAAUGCAAAACUUCGAAAUAUGAUCUAAA